AUGGCCGCUUAUGUGGACUCCAAAUAUCAAGGUAGUUCUUUCGAUUUGUUUCUAGCAAUGCCUCAACGGGAUAUUGCUUCAUGGAAUGUGGCUCUUCAAGGAUUUGCCCAGGCAAGGCAUCUGGAACAUUGUUUUGGCAUUUUUCACGAGAUGCCCGAGUGGGACAUAGUAUCGUGGACUGCAUUGCUAGGAGCUUAUGCACUCGUAGCUAUGGUGGAAGAGGCCAGGGCGCUGUUUGAUCAGAUGCCGGAGCACGAUACAAUCUCAUGGAACGCAAUGGUGGGCGCCUAUGCAUCAAGUGGAAUGAUCGCCCAUGCCAAGAGAAUGCAUGAUUUGAUGCUCGAUCGGAGCUUGGCAUCCUGGAAUGCAAUGCUUGGUGCUUAUGCACAAACAGGGGCUCUCUUAGAAUCGAGGCGAUUCUUUGAUUCUAUGCCAGAAUUAGAUGAAAUAUCGUGGAAUUCAAUGCUGGCAGCAUUCGUCUAUGCGGGUAAUGGUGGAUGCGCUUUGGAAUUUUUGCAGGAGAUGGCUGUGAAUGCCGUGAGUGCCAAUGGGAAGACAUUUGCGAUGGUGCUGUGUGUGUGCGAUCACAUUGGGCUGCUUAAAAGAGGGCAGAGGGAAUUCAGCAGAAUGCUUUUCGACUAUGCAAUUCAUCCCAAUAUUGAGCAUUUUGGAUCUAUGGCAGAUAUUUUAGGGAGGAGUGGUAUCUUAAGAGAGCUUUUUUACACAAUGCCUUAUCAACCAGACAUUGUUUCAUGGGGGUCAUUACUUGGAACCUGUAAAAUACUGUAA